UGUGUGUGUGAGGAUAGGAAAGCAACACACACACACACACGCUUAACAUUCGCUCGCAACAUGGCGUUGAAGUGCCGAAAGACACGACAGCUCUGCCCCGACUAAUGCGGCGGUUCUGUGCGGGAAGCCCGGGGACCGCAGCCCAAACCUCCACAGAGACUACUUUACGCGCCGCCGUGGACAAUAGCGGAUACCAUCGUGCGCAUGUUGCUGUAAGGGCUUACAACUACUGUGUAUGUUAUUGUAUACAGGCCCAUGCUUCUACCCCACUGGUGGAAAUCAAAGACUGUACAUGGCGGUGGAGAGUAAAAUUUGGCUGUUCUGUCUUCUUUCGCUGUACUGGGGUCCAACCAAGCAAGAGAAGCCUGUUUCUGUGGAACUGAGCUGUGGUGCCAGGCCCAGCCAUGUCGUUCUGGAGCUAGGUUCACCCCUUUUGCUGGACUGCAACCUGGGGUCCAGCGACACUCCUUUUAAUGUCACCUGGUUCAAGGAUGGCCAGCUCCUGCACCAGGCGCCAGGAGAUCACCUGCAGUAUUUGACCAAUGGAUCCCUCCUCCUGUUGCCCACAUCUACAGACAGCCAGCCUUCCCAGAAUGUAGAGGGUAGUUACAGCUGUGUGAGUGCCAGUGCCAUCGGAGCCCUGACUAGUCAGACUGUGAAUGUACUGCUUGCAAGUCUGUCGAGGUUCUACCAGGAGCCAUCACCACAGAUAGUUAUCUCUGGGGAAUCUGCUCGCUUUGAGUGCCAGAUUGAGGGAGUUCCCACACCUGUCAUAACAUGGCAGAAGGACAAAGUGACUAUCGUUGAUGAGAGGAGGUUUAUUUCCCUUCCUAAUGGGGCACUGCAGAUUCUGGAGGUGACCAAAGAGGAUGAGGGGAUCUACCGCUGUGUUGCAUCUAAUCCUGCCAGAAAGGAUAUUGGCAUUGAGGCUAGACUAACUGUCCUGACAGGCUCCAUUGAUACCCUAAACCCAGUUGUGAUUGUUGCACCACCUCAGAAUGCCACAGUGGUGGUAGGCCAUACUGCUGUGAUGGAGUGUAUGGCACAGGGCCAGCCAAAACCAUUGGUGUCAUGGAGCCGGCAAGAUGGAAAACCCAUUUCUACUGACAUGAUUGUCCUUGCAACAAAUCUGGUGAUUAGGGACAUUAGGCAUCACCAUGCUGGUGUCUAUGUCUGCCGAGCAAACAAGCCCAGGACUAGAGAGUUUGUCUUUGCUGCUGCUGAGUUGCAUGUUGCUGCCCCUCCAGUGAUUGUUCAGCCCCCAGAGUCAGUGUCGCUCUCUAGGGGGAAUACCGCCAGGUUUAUGUGCAACAGUUCUGGGGAGCCUCUUCCAGUGUUGCACUGGCUGAAGAAUGGCCAACCCAUCAGGUAUUUCAGACGGAUGAAGGUGCAAAGCCGUGGGGUCCUGCUCAUCAACCAGCUGGCUCUUGAAGAUGCAGGUUAUUACCAGUGCAUUGCUGAAAAUGGGCUUGGCACAGCCUGUGCCACUGCCAAGUUGACAGUCAUUGUGAAGGAAGGUCUCCCCAGCCUCCCUCGCCAUCUGACUGCUACUCCAUACUCCAGCACAACUGCCCUGCUCUCCUGGGAGAAACCUGAGUACAACACAGACCAAAUUAUUGCCUACUCUGUGCACUACCAACUCACUGCAGGGUUGGACAAUCAGGAUACUUCAUUUGCAGUUAGCAAUGACACUACAGAGUAUCUUGUCAAAGAGCUUCUCCCUCAUACUGCCUAUACUUUCUUUGUGGUGGCGUAUUCACCCAUGGGAGCGAGUCCUCCAUCGCUGCCUAUAACUGUAGAGAUACUGGAGGAUGUGCCGAGUGCACCUCCUCAGCUCUCUGUAGCUAGCACGACCCCUACUGACAUCAGGCUGAUGUGGCAGCCUCUGUCUUCACAGCACAGCCGAGGAGCUGUUACCCGCUACCGCAUUGAUUACAGUGCGCUGGAUCAGAUGGACACUGUUUUCUCAGUAGAGCUGAGGGGCAAUGAGACUCAGUUCACGCUCAGGGAGCUGCGCCCAGACCAGGUUUACAGACUGAGGAUAACUGCUGGGACUGCUGUUGGCUUUGGUAUUCCUUCUGAAUGGGUCCAGCAUGAAACAAUAGUUCGCAACAGCCCCAGUGACAACAGCACAGUGAUUUUUGCUCCUUCUGAGUUGAAGGUCAAAGCCAGAGUGAGCACUCUUAACAUUACAUGGCAACCCUCACCAAAUCACACGUUGAUUUCGGGCUAUAAGCUAUCCUAUCGGGAAGCAGAAGCUGAUGGGUCCUCCAACAGAGACAGGAUGUCGCAUACAUACACCAUCAGGCUUCGAAAAAAGGCAAGGCAUCACCUGCUGACUGGGCUGGUUCCUGACCGGCAGUAUGAGGUGAGGGUCUGGGCAUUUGACAAGCAAAAAGACGGCGCAGCUGCAGUGUGGAAGGGAAGGACAGAUAAGAUCCAUGGAAGACCUUCCGAGCCAUCCUCGUCCCCUUCAUGGCCUCCCAACAGCAUCCAAGCUAUAGCCAACAGCUCCACCUCCAUCUGGCUCCGCUGGGAAAAUCCCCGGUUCAUCAACAGGCGCAUCAUCAGCUAUACAGUGCGCUGCAGCCCAGCAGGAACCACCAAUGCCUCUCUGGUGUCUUAUUACACCAGUUCUUCUCUGGAGGUCCUGCUUGAGAGACUGAAGCCUUUCACCCACUAUGAGCUGGCAGUGCGGUGUAAUGGAGUGGACACUGCAGGACCCUUCAGCAGCACCGUGGAAGAGUCCACCCUGCCUGACCGGCCAUCCACACCACCUGAGGAACUGCAGCUGAGCGCUAUAGACUCUUCGUCUGUGCUGGUGAGUUGGCGCCCUCCCCUGGAACCGAAUGGCGUCAUAAUCAGCUACAGGAUUUUAUACACUGUCAACCUGAGCGAGCCUGAGCAGCAGUGGAGAAAUUUCUCUGAGGAUGGCGGCAUCUUUAGUACAGAGGUCCGUGGUUUGUCAAGGGGCACUCGGUACUUCUUUAAAGUGGGAUCUUCUACUAAAGUGGGACCAGGCCCUUUUACACCUGUUAUGGAUGUUCAGACUCCCCUGCCUAUGUAUGAGCUGGACAUUCAUGCAGUCACUGGCAUCAUUGUUGGUGUUUGUUUGGGACUCAUUUGCAUCCUCCUCUGCAUGUGUUUCAGCUUUCGAAACAGCAAAUCCAGAGAACUAUCUGGAGUUCUGAACUCCACAGCUGUGACUCCCCAGUGCAGAAAAGGUAGCUGCCUUGCUCUAGCCAAAGUACCAGAGUGCAGCGAUAGCCAUGAACUGGAGACACUGAUGCCUCCAGGCACCCAGGAGUUGGGUCAGCAGCCAACAAAAGAUCAAGAGGAACACAGUCUGAUGGCAAGUUCUAAUCCGGGGGCGGGGGAAGAUGCUACUGCACCUGAACCAAAGAUUGCUUGGAACGGCUCUGUGAGUCAUAAUUGGGUCAACAGGAUCACAAGAUACAGAGACACUAUAACAGAAGAGUCUCCAGCGCUGAUUAAUGAAGCUGUCAACAUGUUUAUUACUGCAACUGGCAUGGAUAUAGACGACCAUCUCUGUACGUCUCUGUGCAGUAACCAGGUGGAGGCGGAAGUCAUUGUUCACUCUGAGCUGUCAGAACCCAGUGGGGGGGGGGAGGAGGAGGGCAACAAGAGGGAUUCUAACACCACCAGGGGACCCUCAUUGUCAGACAACAUGUAUUCCCCCUUCAGUGAGCGAAGUUCAUCAGGAGGAGAGGAAGAGCAUCUAGAAAACCUUUCAGUAGCUGAAUGUCCCCUGAGUCUUCCCACAAAAACUUUAGUGACUCAUUACAACGGAGAGGCAGAAGGCACACACAGGCAUAACACAGACAUGGAGUCACAGCAAGACACAUGCCUCACCAAUGGCUUCCACUCUCCUCAGACAGGAAGGUCUGUGCUGAGAUCUGAGCAUUUGGAAAUCGAGGACUCCAGACACUGCCCGUCAGCAGCAGGGAAGGCUAUCUCCACUCGACUACCUCCUGCACCCUUUGUUAGCCCUGGUCUUGUCCACUCUACCUCAGCUCCUCACACAUAUCUGUGCCCUUAACUUCAUCCACAGAAACAUUUCAGACUUUUUUUAAAUUUUACUUUCCAGGAAGAAUACAUAAGAAAUAUUUUUAUGCACAUUAUCACUGGAUUUCUUUUUCUGUCUUGCAUAGUUUUAUAGGUACUUUGAAUUCAUUUUUUUCACAUAUGUGCAUAUUGUAUACUGGAAACAUAAGUGUUUUUGUAGAGGUACAGAACCGUUUCAGGUUUUAAAUCUUUGUAGCUCUCAGAUUCUUUCCAGAUCACGAGGAAGACAAAACGUUUGAACAUAGCAGAGCAGAUGGAAGUUAAUUAUUGGGGGCUCAUUCCACUUUGUCUCUCUUGGUUGUGUUCCACUCAGCUAGGACAUACAACAGGAAGAUGUAGAGUAAAUGCACAGGGUUUCAUCAACAGAAUUGAUGGGGAGGCACUGUAAUGCAGCUCAUUUCUCAAUGUGAAAAUAAGCUUUAAAGAGUAUCUGCUCAUGUCAAAGUGCAGAACACCCACCUCUCUCUCCAGCAUCCUGUAGUCUCAGGGUCCAAACACUCACACAGGGAGUAUAGCUAGUACCAGUUUCACAUAACAUUUACACACAUUUCCUGAGUGGAGAGUGGGGGUCUCAGGUGCCUCAAUGUUUUAGGUGCAUUUAUAACCUUUGUAGAACUAUUCAGUAGUACAAACCUUGUGUCAAAAUGAAGUAAACAAAGUGGAUGUGGGACAUACAGAUGAUACUAUAUGUCAAUUUUUGAGACCUUCUAAACCAGGGAUGCUUGGUUUUUACUGUUUAUUGGAGAGUUGGAUAUCUCAUUUUAAAUCAGUACCUCAAUGUUGACUUUGGUUGCAUUAUGCUGGUGGGAGAACAAAGGGGAGAUGUUACAGCAAUCUAUCUGCAGACUAUUCUCCUGACUUAGCUAAGCGGGGAUGCGCCACUGUCCAUACUGAUGUCAGAACACUGCGCUGUUAGAUGAAACCAAUUCUUUUUUUCUGCAUCAAGGUUGACGCUUCCACCAAGACUGUUUGGUUCCAGUUUCAUUGGUGUGAAAAGUAUUUGUGCCCUUACAGAUUUCUUCUGUUUUUGCUUUUUUGUCAAAGAGAAUCAGAGUAAAUACAAAAAGCUAUUUUCAA